AUGAAAUCAACAUAUUAUUUAUUACCUGUUGUUGACUUAUGGAAGGUAAGAGAGACGUCAGAAUAUCGAGUUGUUUAUGAUACACGCGGUAGACAAAGUGAGCAUGCAAAACAUUGGCGAGAUGGUGAAAUUCUAGAUGAACGGGCGUACUUCCGCACGAUUACAGAACCUGCCACAUUAUCCAUUGACAAUAUCAGUGAACGUGAUGAAGGUGACUACAGAUGUCGUAUUGAUUACCUGAAAUCGCCAACAAAGAACAGUCUGGUUCGACUUACUGUUAUUGUGCCACCACAAAAACCAACUAUCUUUGAUGACAAUGGUAAAGAAGUACCGUCAAUAGCUGGUCCUUAUGUAGAAGAUGGUGAAAUGAAACUCACGUGCAUGGUUUCAGGAGGUCGGCCAGAGCCUUCAGUAAGAUGGUGGCGAAAUGGUACUUUAAUUGAUUCAACAGAUCGUACCACAUCAUACAAAAAUGUACGAACAAAUGAACUUCUUGUACGAAAUUUACAACGAGAAGAUCAGCAUGCUGUAUACACUUGUCAAGCAUCGAAUAAUAAUAUAAGUCAGCCAGUAUCCGCAUCAGUUACCAUUGAAAUUUAUUUUAAACCAAUCAGCGUUGAAAUUUUAAGCAGCAAUCAACCAUUUUCAGCGGAUAGAAGUUAUGAAAUACCAUGUCAAAGUGUUGGAUCACGACCACCAGCGCAAAUUUCUUGGUGGAUGGAUGGUAAACAAUUAAGCAACCAUAGCCAACAGAAUUCAGCGGAUGGGAACGUCAGCACUUCGACGUUAACGUUAAUGCCCACACGCUCUGACAAUGAUAAGUCCCUUACGUGUCGUGCAGAGAACACCCAUGUACAUGGUGGUGUCGAGGAAGCAACAUUACGGCUGAAUGUUUUCUUUAUACCAACUUUAGAAUUACAAUUGGGAAAAAGUUUAAAUCCAGACGACAUAGAAGAAGGUGAUGAUGUCUAUUUCGGAUGUGAAAUAAAAGCAAAUCCUCAAGCGUAUAAAGUGCUUUGGAAACAUAACGGGCAAGUUAUUCAACAUAAUCAAAAAGCAGGCGUUAUAGUCAGUAACCGAGAUUUGGCAUUACAAAAUGUUGGACGCAAUCAAGCAGGAAAUUAUACUUGUGUUGCAUCAAAUGUUGAAGGAGAUGGAAUCAGUAAUACAGUGAAUCUGAAAAUUAUGUUCAAACCAAUUUGCCGAAGUGAUCAAAAACGUAUAUAUGGUGUAGCUAGACAUGAACAGGCUCAAGUAUUAUGUGAAGUAGAAUCAUUUCCACCACCUGAAAGUUUCAAGUGGUCAUUCAAUAACACUGCAGAAACGAUCGAUGUACCACAAAUUCGUUUUAAAUCCACUUCAGUAUUAUCCAUGUCAACAUUACAAUAUACACCCGUUACCGAAAUGGAUUAUGGUACAGUAAUGUGUUGGGCAAAUAAUCUUGCUGGCCGACAAAUUGAACCGUGUGUUUUUCAUAUAAUUGCUGCGGGUAAACCCGAUCCACCGUUUAAUUGUACAUUAGCAAAUCAAUCAACUGAAUCGUUACAAAUUGAGUGUAUUGAGGGCUUUAAUGGUGGUCAACAACAAAGUUUUAUGGUUGAAGUGUUUGAUCAACAGAAUGAUAUUUUACAAGCAAAUAUUACGGGUAGUAAUAUACCAAUAUUUACUGUAAAUGGUUUGGGUGCUGGUAAAAUACUUAAGAUUCUUGUAUAUGCUGUCAAUUCAAAAGGAAGAAGUGAACCGGUGUUGUUGGAAGGUUUCACAUUGAAAAUUGCAGAGAAACAAACUGGAUCACCAACAGAAUUUACACCUAUGUUAUCAGUAUUAAUUGGUAUUAUGACAGCAUGUUUAUUCGUCACAGUAAUUAUUGUUGGUGCGUUAAGAAUGAAAGGUCGACGACAACCACCACAUCAACCAUCCGUUAUGCCCUUAAAACAAAAACCACCCAUAUCAUUACCUCUUCAUUCAGAAUCUGAAGAAUUAAAAGAUGAUAAGAAUCCGGAUGUUAUUCCAGCAAAUAAAGAUUCUGAUUAUCAAUUAACUUCUGCAACACAAACGCCCGGAGAAAGAACGUAUAGCGUUCAUUCGGACGAUCUUCAUACGUUACAAGGUACUCCAAUACCAACAAUUGAACCUGUAGUAUUUCAAAAUGGAAUUCCACGAGAUCAAAAAAUUAUUUCACCGAUUGUUGGAAAUGAAGUAACUUAUGCAGAGCUUUGUCUUGGUCGACCAUUGACAGAGAGUGCAGCAAGAAAAGAUGACACAACAAUAUACGCUCAAAUCGAUCACAAUCGACGACCACCUCCACCGCCUGUUGGAGUUUAUCAUCAUAGGGAAGUAGUUACAGUUCGAACACCGCUCAUGGGAUGUCAGCAAGAAAGUUGCGUUUAACUUAUGACAGUUUCUCCAAGGACCAGGAAUU